AUUUCAUGGGAUCGAUCUAAUAUUGUCGGUCAAGUAGGUAAAUUUUGGUUUGGAGUAAUGUGUAAUUGGUGUAUCUGUUUUCGUCUGGACAUGCAAUAACUUGUAAAUUUUGUAAACAGAGAGUUCGUUUAUUACAAUAGUCAAUCCUGAAAAUGGUGCUAAUAUUUUAGGAAUUUAUUUAUUUUAAACUCAAACGGAAAACAUUUCUGCCGAAAUAUGUUUUCGAAAAGAAUUUAUUUUAAACCGUUGCUUGUAACUAGACUAGACAGAUUUAUCAGUGGUUGGUUCAAGAGAAGUAGAGAGCUUGAUGUAUAUGAAAAUGUAACUGAAGGCUUGAAGAAAGUUUACAAAACAAAACUUCUUCCUAUUGAGAAAAUGUAUUUUUUCCAUGAUUUCCACUCCCCGGAACUGAACGACCAAGACUUUGAAGCAAAGCCUCUAAUAUUGCUGAUGGGACAGUACUCCACAGGGAAGACCACACUGAUAAAGUACUUAUUGGAUUGUGACUUCCCCGGGGGCAGAAUCGGGCCGGAACCGACCACAGACCGGUUCAUCGCGGUGAUGCACGGGGAACGAGAGCAGGUGAUUCCGGGAAACGCGGUCGUAGUAGAUCCGAAGAGGCAGUUCCGGUUUCUGACAAAGUUCGGCAAUGCUUUCCUCAACCGUUUCCAGUGUUCGCUUGUGAGUUCGCCCGUCUUGAAGUCAAUCUCGAUAGUCGACACCCCCGGGAUUCUCUCGGGAGAGAAGCAGCGCAUCGACCGCGGGUACGACUUCUCGGGGGUGCUGGAGUGGUUCGCGGAGCGUGUGGAUCGAAUCAUCCUGCUGUUCGAUGCACACAAACUGGACAUCUCGGACGAGUUCCGGCGCUCGAUAGAGACCAUGCGCCGGCACGACGACAAGAUCCGGAUAGUGCUGAACAAGGCGGACAUGGUGGACCACCAGCAGCUGAUGAGGGUGUACGGGGCCCUCAUGUGGUCGCUGGGGAAGAUCCUCAACACCCCCGAGGUCGCUCGGGUGUACAUCGGCUCCUACUGGGACCAGCCCCUGCGCUUCGAUGUCAACAGGAGAUUAUUUGAGGACGAAGAACAAGACUUAUUUGCAGAUUUGAAAUCCCUCCCCCGAAAUGCAGUACUUAGAAAAUUGACAGACCUUAGUAAAAGGGCACGCCUAGCAAAGGUUCACGCUUGUGUUGUCGGAACCUUGGCCAGUCAAAUGCCAUCUCUUUUUGGCAAAGAAGCCAAGAAAAUGAAGCUUUUGGCAGAGUUUGACCCAUUAUGCAGAGAUGUCCAGCAUAAAUAUCACAUAUCUUCUGGAGAUUUCCCGGAGAUAGAGAAGAUGAAGAGGCAGUUGCUGAAGUACGACUUCUCCAAGUUCAAGCCAGUGAACACCGGCAUGCUGGAAGUAGUCGAUGAGAUGCUAGCCAAUGACAUUGCACGUCUCAUGGCCAUGAUGCCACAUGAGGAGGCUGCAACUUCAUCGGAGCCACUCGUUAAAGGUGGAGCUUUUGAAGUGGUGUCUGAUCAGUCGAGCCCCUUCGGCUACAGGCGAGGGGAGGGAAUCGACGAAGGAGCAGGUGACCCGGAGUGGGUGGUGGCCAAGAAACAAGAUGAGUACGAAACAAUAUUUCAAAAGCUGGAUCCAGUGGAUGGAAAAAUUACAAGAUCAGCUGCGAAGACAGAGAUGAUGAAGUCGAAGCUGCCCAACACGGUGCUGGGGAAGGUGUACUUGCUGGCGGACGUCGACGAGGAUGGCUUCCUAGAUGCGGACGAGUUUGCGCUGAUGAUGCACCUGGUCAGCAUCAAGCUCAGAGGCUACGAACUGCCGCCGGAGCUGCCCCCUCACCUCGUGCCACCUUCAAAGAGGCACUUGUUCGAUAGUUCCUCGCCCAACAGCUGAUGAGCACCUGUAGGUAGUGCUUCCGUGCAGAGUAGAGCUCUGUUGUGUUACGUGGACAGGAGAUGGUUGUUACGUGGAUUUGAAAUCUCCCAGGGGAAUACAUAAUGUCUAAAAAUUAAAAUAUGUUGCCAGUUCAGUUCAAGUACACACAUAACAUAAACACCUAGGAAGGUCUGUUUCAUUUGAAGCUGUGACAUUUUGAUAUGAUGUCUAUUACUAGCUUGGUUUGUAUUGUAUUUGAUGAAGUUUACCAAAAAAAAAAGGUAACGUAGUACUUCUUGAAGAGCCCAGUCUCAAAGUCACAUAGUUUGCAUGUGAGGAUGAUCAUAUAUUAUUUUACAUACUGGAUGACUUUUUGUAAGUUUUAUUUAUUUAAUAAUUUAUUUUUAAUUAUUUAUUAAUUAAUAAAUUAUUUAAUUUAAGUUGUAACAUUCCCACUAACAGUCUUUAGACUUUUAUGGUGAGCAAGACACAUAUAGACAAAUACAAGGUUGUCACUCAAAUAUAUGGACUCCCACCCAGUGGCGGAUUCAUUAGGGGGGCGCAGGGGGCGCCCCCCCCCUCCUUGACCAGGGCAGCCCAGCACCAAGCAUGGUUCUUGGCAAGGGGAGGGCGCGCACUCGGCCGCCGAUGUUAUACAAUACACAUUCAUACACUUACCUUUAACGACUUCAUGUCUUGGAAACAGUUUGAAUAAAUAAAUAAAUAAAUAAAUAAAUAAAUAAAUAAAUAAAGCUUUGCAUGUGACUUGAUUUGUUUUACACCAAUAGCUCAAGAUGUCUUUUAGCGGCGAGAUAAAUACGUGUGUCAAAUUUACGUGUGCAUACGGGUUGAAGACAAAUGGAAAACUCCUCACAGUAAUUUAUCUGUGGCAUGCGACACUUGGAUAUUUCCUUUCAGAAACCGCAUCAGCUUACGCAGGGAGAAUGUAGACGCCUCUUCCCUUCUUCCUUCCCACCCUCCUUUAUUUUCCUUUCUCCACUCCACUUGAGCGGCGACGGUGACAGCCGUUAUCUUCACUGCAUAUCGGAUAUCGAUCAUGUAUCGGACCGUUUUAUUCGCGAUUAAAACAAAAACAGUUGCCGACCUGCGCAUGGUUUCACCUCCUCUUCCACGCACCACGCCGCCGCCCGCUUAUCUAUCUACACACAAUUUAUUCGUCACCUCAGUCGAGUAGUUGUACUUGCAUAGGUACUACCUGUGAUGAUGCGGAUGUUAGCAUGUUCGAGAAAAGUUGCGAACAUUCUUUCUUGUGAUUUCGAUACGUCAUGCUGUCUGGCAUAUGUUCGAGGAAUUUCGCGAACAUUCUACUGAUAAUUGUACCGAGAACUCUCAAUACGUAGUGGUAUAAAAACGGGUUGUUUGCCAAGUAGGAACAGGAAGUUAAGUUAUAAUCCGAAGCCGACGUGUUAAGACUUAUGACCUUAUGAGUGAAUCGUUCAUCGUUCUAGUGGUUGCAAGUGUGAAGAUUAUUCAAUACAAGAGUGAUCAGUAUCAAGUAUUUCAAGUAGUGAUUCAGUACAAUAUAAUUGUAUUAAUUAAUAUAUACUAAUUUCUCAGUAAUAAUAUAAUAGUGCCAAUCCACAAUCUUCAACCAAACUCUGACAGUUAUUUAUUCAGAAUUUAGUUUAAAUAAAUAUUUCAUACUGUCCGCACAUACUCAUAAUGAAAGUAAAGUUCUAGAGAAUAUUUGAAAUGGAUCGUUUUAUAAUAAGGAAACGAAAAGUGGAAAUACUGAAGAUCCCGGUCAUGUUUUAGCCGCAAAAAAACCACCAGAAGACCCAGAUAUACAGGCAGAAUCCAGCACUUCGUUAAAACCUCUGCAACAGAGUUCAUCGAAUAUUGGUACCGAUUGCUGUAAUCCCAUGGAUAUUGGAAAUUACAUAGAUAUAUUAUCGUGAGGAAAACUUAGUGAUGAUAUAAUAUACAAGCUUCUCACAGCUCCAAGGAAACCUGAAAAAGGUUAUAUCUUUCCUACUUCUGAGCACCACAAGAGAGGACGGGUUGAACGCAGACAGGUGCACGAUAAUCAUUUUGAACAGUAUCCUUGGCUGGUUUUCUCACAAGUUAAAAAAGGACUUUUUUGCAUUAACUGUUCAAUUUUUGUCAAUAAUAAAAUGGUCGGAGGAAAGAAGGCCAGCAUCGCUAAGAAACUUGUGACUGAACCUCUUACAAAGUAUGCCAAACUUACUGGAAAAGAUGGUGACCUUGAAACUCAUUCUCAUCUCAUGUACCACAUUGAAGGAUCAACAGAUGCAAAAAAAAUUUUAACGACACAAGACAACCGCGAACUUGAGGUCAUAAAUCAAUUGUCAACACAGAGAAUGGAAAGUAUUAAAGAAAACAGAACCCGUCUGGUACCUAUAAUAAAAACAAUAAUAUUUCAUGGAAGGCAAAAUAUUCCUCUGCGGGGACAUAGAGAUGAUGGGAGACUAUUAGAAAACGAAACAAAUGAUCGUGAAAAUAUAGUGAGUGAUGAGGGAAACUUUAGAGCUCUUCUAAGAUUUAGAAUCGAUGCUGGAGACUUGCAACUAAAACAGCACCUCGAGACCACUAAAGCAAACGCCACUUACAUAAGUAAAACAACGUGUAACGAACUUAUUACAUGCUGUGAAACAGUGAUGUUAUCAAGAAUACUGGAGAAAAUUAAAGAAUCUCGUUAUUACAGCAUCAUCUUCGAUGAGACUACGGACAUAGCGCACAUCGCCCAACUGAGUUUAGCUGCAAGAUAUGUCAAUGGUGUUGGCCAAUUACACAAAAGAUUUUUGGGUUUUGUUGAGAUCCAUAAAGACAAUGAUUUUAGUAGCAACACAGAUAAUGAACCUGAAGAGUGCAGCAUUACUGGUGAGAUAUUGGGUACUACGAUUCUAAGGAGAAUGGAAAGCCUUUCUCUGUCACUGGAGAACUGUGUGGGUAUAGGCUGUGAUGGUUGCUCAGUUAAUAUGUCAGAAUUGAAAGUAGUUACUACAAUAAAAAAGAAAGCUAUCAACGCACAAGUAGCACCGUGUCGUAGUCACCAGCUCAACCUCGCUGUCUCUCGCAGUUUCAGAGUUACAAGUGUGAGAAACGCACUUGGUACUAUUGAAGAAGUAGUAGCGUUCUUCACAGCGUCUAGCAAGCGAUUCGCAACAUUGAAGAGUAACCUAAAACACUCGGUGCAGUCACAUUGUCAAACGAGAUGGGUUGAGCGUCAUGAUGCUGUUAUUCAAUUCGCAGCUGAUCUCGGACCAGUAUGUAAAGUUCUUAAAGAAAUACAUAAUUGGAGGGACAGAACAACGGCAACCAAAGCCAAUAUUCUCCUUCGAGCUCUCUCUAAUUGCGAGUUUAUUAUCACACUAUUUUCACUGAGUGAGAUUAUGAGCAUAACAUAUCCAGUCAGCAAAAUCUUGCAAGACCCUAGUUUGGACGUUGCGUUGGCAAAAGUAAAAUUAGAUUCGACGCUCAAGGUUUACGACGAUAUGAGAGCUAAUGCUGAUAGCCACUUUGCUCGUAUUGUUCAGGAAGCGAAGACAGUUAUGGAAGAGUUGGAUGUGGAGAUAAGUGUUCCUCGUCUUACAGGCAGGCAAAGCCACAGGGCAAACUGCGAUCACAAUGAUGAUGCUAUCACAUAUUGGAAAAUAACUGUUUUUAUUCCAACACUGGACCAUGUUACUGCUGACAUGAGAGAACGUUUUACUGAAGAAAAUAUUUAUCAUUUUCAAUUCAACAUACUUUUGCCCUCUCAACUACUAAAACAUGAUGGUAAUGAUCUGGCAAAUAAACUUAAACAGUGCUUAACUGAAAUUUCGUUAUUCGAAGAAUUACCCUUCGUGAUUGAAAAGAGACUAAUGGCAGAGAUUCUUCAUUACAAGAAAACGAGCUUAAACGCCCUUGAUGAUCUUAAUUCUGUUCUGCAAGCGUUGGCUGUAUGUCCCAGAAGUGACUAUCCUACUUUGCACACACUGUACAAAAUAUUUGCUUGUCUACCGAUAUCUAUUGCUACAGUAGAGAGAAGUUUUUCAACAUUGCGGCGUACAAAGACAUGGCUGAGGUCGACAAUGAGAGAGGAUAGACUUAAUGGCUUAGCUCUGUUGAACACUCACCUUGAUGUUGAUUGUCCUAUUGAUGAUGUAAUUAACCAAUUUGCCAGGAAGAAUAGGCGCAUGGAAUUCAUCGUUUAAAGAAGAGAAUACGAAUUAUGUAUUGUUUGGUAUCUUCAUACCAACAUAAUCUGCCUUGUUGUACUACGUCUAUAUAUCACACCAUUUGAAUAAAGUUUUCUAAGCUUUGCAUGUGAAUUGAUUUGUUUUACACCCAUAGUUAAAGAUGUAUUUUAGCACCGCCCCCAACCCCCCUGAGAUUUUAUCUGUAAUCAUCCCUGUAUUUCGCUAAUGUAGGUAAUUAAUUCUGUGAAAUGAACAGAUACUUUUUGUAUUGCCAAUUUCACUAACUCUACAAUAAUACCUAAGAUGUAUACAGUAGAUCACUUUGUAUGUCAGCCUUCUUAUACAGUAUACAUCCUGCACUCCGGAAGUUAUUUCUUUUUUGAUUCAUGCUUGAAGGCUGCCUUGGGUUGUUGAUAGACUCUGGUUUUCCAUUUCUUUAUCGACAUUGUUUGCAAUGGUUUAGUUUUCUUAUUGCAUAUUAAUUGAUUGAUUAUUCAGUACCAAAUACAAAUCCUACAUGUAUGUUUUAACAAUUUUAAAAAUAAAUACUUUUGAUAGUUAGAUAUGUAAUCUAAUAUUUCCCACGAAAACUGCAUUAAUGUAGCUCCUUCCAGCCUACAGAUUUUUAAUAAACCUUUCAAUAUGCGACUGUGUAUAUGUAAGGUAACUCAACAUAAUGUAGAGGAGGUGGUUGGAGGGAAGGUAUCACAAGGUAAAUUACGACUAAGCAAGCUUAUUAAUGUCAUCUGUAUGUUGCACAAUUGCGGAUACAUGCGCCUUCCCCCCCCUCCCCCCCCACCCCCUGAAACAUUUUAUACAAUGCACAUUCGAACACGUUCAUACACUUACACUGAACAACUUCAUUAGUAUAAAUAAAAACUUAAUAUUUUGCUCGAAAUAUAUCCAUUGAUAUAAAUAUAACGUAUAGUUGAUCAUACACAAAAUAUUGAAAAUAAAUACUUUAAAACACUCUUCAUUCUUAGGGAAAGAGAAAUAUUAUAUUCCAGAAUCUUUAGUUUUUCUGUAGUGAUUUUGACAUUUGUAUACUGCACAAUUGGCCAUUUUAACUACAUAUAGCACACAAUUAUGCACCAACAACAGCAAAUAUUCGGGCGAGACGUAAAUGAAAUGGAUAGAGCUUGGAAAAAGAUCUCUGGCUGUAUCGAAGCAACCAAGGUGACGUAACAAGGGAGUGUGUGGAAGAAGUAGACCUAUGCCCCCCCCUCCCCUUGAGAUAUUUCUAUAUCCACCACUGCUUCCACCCCCAUCGGUAUCAUAGCAGCCAAAACAUCCACAAAUGGCCAACACAUGAGAACGAGAUUACGACACAUUAAGAGUAAAUUUAUCAUAGUAAUUAAAUUUUUUAUCAUUAUUAUAUUAUUUGUUGACAUGAGUUCUAAAACAUAUAAUUAUUUUUAUUUUAUAUGUUCAUUUCAAACUCAAUCUCACAUGUCAUGUUGAAAUUUUUAAUUUUUCGUCAUUACCGUAUUUACCCGCAGAAGUGUCCCCCCUACCUAUCGAUCGCACUUGUAAUUUUGGGCAAAAAUAUCUUAACAUUUUUACGGUAAGGGUCGCACGUCAAUAUGAGUCAUGCCAUAAAACUGUCUCCAGUAGAUUAAAAGUCUUUAUGGCCUGUGUCUUAGCUUAAUUGUCACAUAAGAAAUGACACUGAUGUCCUUCGUCUUUCUCCUAUUUAUCCUUUACGGCCCUUCCUCACCUCUCCCCAUUUACUCCUAGCACUAUCUAACAAAAAAUACAUAGGAAAAUAAUGUUAUUUUUUACACCCAUGUUUCCCUUCCCGUCUUCUCCGAGAGAGAAAAGACCGCAGGCUAUUUCCUUGUCAAUUUUUUUUGUCAGUUUCUUCAAAUAAAAGCAAUCAUGCCAUUUACAUCAGUUUUGUCAUGAAUUAAAUGUUGCAGUAGAAAGCACAGGAAAUCUCACGCAAAAACAGAUAGUGUCACAAAAACUUGCCGAGAUAGACGUGACAAUUGUGUACGGUGCCAGUUCACGACGUAUAGAGGGGGAAGGAGAACCAUAAACACUGCUGCAUGGCCACACACACUCCCUUCCCCUCUUUUUCUGUCUCUCUCUCUCUCUCUCUGGCUGGUUUAUUAUUGAAUUGCCCCUCUGGUCUAGUGUCCGCCUGGUGGCAGACAGUCACGCCACAUGCGGGAGCCAGCCGGGUGGCCGCACGACAGGCGGCAGACGUAGCUUAACGACGCAGUUGAUGAUGCUUUACAUUCACCAUUUAGAUAUUUUAACUAAAUAAUUUAUAUUUACUCGUGACAUAUAUUAAAAACUAACACAGGCUAGUUAUUUAAGCAUAUAGUCAACAACAACAGAGCUAUGUUAAUUUUUUUUUACCCAAAAUGGCAAUUUGCGCAUAUGAAUUUGCAGUAAAUUUUAUUUUAAAAAAAAUCAGCAUAAAAUCUGCAAUACAUAUGCGGGUAAAUACAGUAUUUAAGGACUGUUUCUGUAAAUUUAAACAAGAUAUUUAUCUUGCAUUUAUUGUUCUGCGAUAAAUAUUUUAACCAGAUGCUCACUAAGUGUAAUAUAAUGGGUUUAAAAAGCUGUGUAAAUAAUAAUAAUAAUAAUAAUAAUUACAAACACACGUCUUAUUACACCAAUUGGAACUUAAAAAUUUUCAUUCAAAUAAAUUUGUUUUAGUUAAUAUUUAAUGUAAGUUUAAAUAAAAUUUAAGUUAAAUAAAAUACUAUGCUUGAUGCAUGUAUAAACAAUCAAAUCCUCCAAUCCUCAAAUACCAUCAAAUCCUGAGUAUUAAAAGAAUUUUAUAUUUGAAUUUGAGGAAAAAGAUUUGAAUAAAAAUGUUAGAGGAAAUAAAAGUAAAAUAAAAAUUCAACACUGAUAACCCAAAAAUGUACUGAAUCAGUUUUAAAAUUAAUUAGGGAUAAGGCCACCGAAUCCAAUAUCCGCCGAAUCCUAGGGAUUCGAAGGUUCGGCGGGUCUGAUAUAGGAUUCGUCAAAGGAUUCGGUUUUUACUAUUUACGGGGAAAAAAUACAGUAAAACUCGCUUACGAGGUCCCGCAUGGUAGGUAUUUCCGUAUAAAGCGUUUAAAUUGCCCGAGGCCUCGUCAUUUACGCCAUUAAAUGUGUGAUAUAAUGUCCGUUAAAAUUUUUUCUGAAACUUCUUGUCUCAAAUAAUGGCACACGUAAAUAUGAAGAAAAGACAAAUGAACAACAACAUACGAAGAAAUAUGGAUGAUGUACCAUAACUACAGUACAAACCCAAUAGUUAUUUUAAGAUAAUUACCAUAAAAAGAACUAAAGAUUCUUUGUAGAAUACCAUAAUUACUACAGAAGCAUGAUAGCUACCAUAUUUGCACUAUAGUUACCGUAACAACUGAGAUGUAUAUUUACCGUGAUAGUAAUGUAUUAUUUAUUUAUGACGUAUUAAAUUAAAGAACAUUGUUAAAAAAAAAAAGAUGUUAAACUUUGUUAUGUACGGUUGGCACAUGUUGCUAAGAAAUAAUGCGAUCUGAAAGAAUGCAGUACUACUACGAAAAGUGAAAAUGGUACUCGUGGAUUUUUAGGUUAUAGCAGUCUCUUUCGUUUUUCAGUAAUAUCGGCCGAAAAUUAACGAGCGUACUGUAUCGGAAGUCGGCAGAAAUGCCGAUUCAACUAAAUAUUGGCAAAAUCGGCUUCUUCAAUACAGGUCUACAUUUAAUGACAUGAGUAAACAUAUUUCAGACUUCAGGAUAUUGAAAAAGACUUUAAUUUCCAUGUAGGUUUAUUGUGUGUAUGUUUUUUUUGCAAGUGUAAAUUGAAUGAAGUAAAAUGUUUUUAUUUUUAUUACUUUCAAUUGAUUAAACUUUAAUGACCAGUUACAGAUAUUUAUGACACUAAUUUUGAGGUUAAGCAAUUUUACUAAAGCAUUCCAGCCAAGCAGGUUGCCAGCGAGAGACACUUCUCUUUUGCUGGAAACACUAUCUCCAAUCGUAGAGCUAAUUUAACUCCUGAACGUGCAGAACAAAUUAUUGUUCUGAAUGAUAGAUUAAAGAAUAGAAUUUAAUACUCUGUGACAAUCUCUCUCAGAAUUAUUGUGCUGAAAAGUGGAAAUGUUGAAACAAUGUGAAUGUACUUUUCAAACAACAUGAUUUUUGGUGCUAAGUUUGUUGAAGCUCAGUAAGGACUCCAGAAAAAUUGACAAGGGUGAAAUUUUUCCAAAGAUAUGUUACAUUUACACAAACAUAUACUUGGUUAUGUUAGUUGGAUGAUAUCAGUUACUAAUGAACCAAUGGAAACAGGUAAGAUUCAAUGAAAAAAAAUGUUAUUUUUUUUCUAGCAGUGCAAAAUGUAAACACACUCUGUAAAUAGUUACCCAAAAUUAAUAAGCCCACUUCAUUUUAAUACUUUAUUCAAACAUGAUAUUAAGUUUAAGAUAAAAAUAAUUUCCCAAAAGUGUAACUGUACCACAAAAGCUCGAGCUCGGCUCGAAGUAAAAUUCUUAGGCUCGCAGACCUCUAGCUUAUUUAUAGAAAAAAUUCCUAACCUAUAAUCUGUACUAAAACUGAAAUUUCUCAAGAAAAAAUUGUUGUCUAUAUAUACACUUAUACCAGAAAUGUACCAAUCUACAUGUGAUAAAGUCAAGGGACUUUUAGUGCAAGCAGAAUACAUCUCACUUACAUUAGAUAUGUGGACAUCAUCUAUUAAAAGAUUCGGGUUUGGGUUCGAGAUUCGGCAAUUCCAGUCGAGGAUUCGAGUUAGGAUUCAGAUUCGAGGAAAUCAGGAUUCGCCCCAUCCCUAAAAAUUAUACUUCUUAUAUGACGUUCUCUCGUUUAACAUUUGCAUUACUUUCAAAUGCUGCCAUGGAGAAGAAAGAGAGAGUGAUUGUUUGAUAGAUGUCAUGGUUUACUGAUGGCAGCAACAGCAUAUAAUUGUAAAUACUUUUGUAAAUUUUUGCAUACUUUCGUAUGACAAUAUGUAAGGACUUUUCCAAUAUGGUUAUUAAUCAUAUUUUUAUCUAUCAUAAACCCUUAGAUUAAUUCUUAUAUUCCAUUGAAGACAAGGACAGACACUAGUAAAAAUCUACGUUAUUACAAGUGUUUCAAAUUUUAGACUACCGUAAAGGUUUCCUAUCCCUCUUGUGCACUGAAGUUGCAUGGCGGCCACGCAUCAAUGUAUUUUUAGAAUUUAAAUCAAAGAAGGUCAUUUUUCACAAAUGAUCUAAUUGCUAUGAUAAUAUAUAGCAAAGUAAUUUACAUUUCCUCGGUACACACACUUAAGGUGAACUGUAACUAAUCAUCCAUCACUUGGUAAACACACCUACUAAGUCCAGAUAGCUAACAUAAAGUUGCACUCUGGGUUUAGCUGGUGAUGAGCACAACAAAUUGCAAUACAAAUGUCUAUAUUGCAUUUAACAUUAACUGCCAUCUAUUGGCAUUAAGCGCAACUACCCUAGUCCAUCGACUAUAAUGGCUACACAUUUGAACACCAUAGUUAAUAUUUUUUAAUAUUUUUUAAUUUCUUGUACAUUGUUUUAUUUUGGUUCCUUGUGACCUAAAUUUGGAUUUGACGGGUAUAUUCAAAGUUCUCUUUGAGAUUCAAAUUUGGGAUUUGGAUUCAAAAAAAUUUAAAUUUAACCCAUCACUAGUAUAAGCUAGUUAUUUGAUAAUAUUUGUGUAUGCUACUUGGAGAUUUCAAGUCCAGUUAAGUACCUGUGACAUUUCUCAGGAACUGGCUUGACACAGAUAUCCUGUGCAAUGUCUGUUGAUUGUUUAACUGUGAUAAGAGCAGGUACUAUAAACACUGCCAUUUGUUAGACAUUGUAUUAGUAUUAAGUUAUUACUGCAAUAAAAAAAGGUGCUUUUGAAAGUAAA